AUGCUGCCUGCCUGCUCUUUCACUGCUGUAGCGCUGCUGGAAGACGAGCCCUCAAACUCAGCCAUACUACUCCGAGCAGAGCUGAGGGAAGGUGCUGUGUGCGGGGACAGCGGAUAGAGCGGAGAGCGCAGUGUUACUGACGUUGUAGAACACGGAUUGUUUCCAACGGGAAAACAAACGUUUCUUGUUGUGCGUUCUAUGGAAGUAAGGUUUUACGCACGAGUCCUGGACAGUAGGACUGUUUCGCUUAGGUAGGCAAGUGACUUAGUUUUAUGUUGUUUUUGGACAAUUAAACGCACCGGAGGGAGACGGGCAGAGGAAAGAGAAGGAAAUAUCUUGUCUCUUGAUUUGGAGGCAACCAAAAGACUCACUAUCGGUAUCAGCUCCCGGAAAGCAUCAAUUCGGUGGACUAAAACGGCCACGGACAUUCAGAAUUCAUACAAAUGAGUUUGCUUUAACUGUAUUUCGUCUGGUCCGUUAUUUAUUUGAAACUGAAGAUAAUCUUAAGGCCAUUUAUGUUUUAUUUUCGUUUGACUCUGAUCUCCUGUGCUGGUCAGAAUGGUUAUUAAACGGUGUAAUUAUUGAAUUUAAAUAAGGAAGAUAUAUAUUGAUAUUUUCAUUUAAGAAACGAUAUACUUAAAGAGGCCGGAAACCAAAUCGUCGUUUUGGUUAACCCCAUCCACCGACAGACCCUUCCCGGUGGAGAAGCGUGUUACGCGUGAUUGGAGAAACGGUUUGAUUCCGCACGAGGGGACUUUUACUGCGAGUUCUUCUCUCCAAAAUUGGAAACGGGAACCUUCAUCCAGCAAAAUGGAUAUAUUAACGUGGUUGUGUGGAUGUUUACUGGCUGUUUGCUUACCACAGUUCGUGAUCGGUGAAGAAGCGGAGCCAUGCGGGGGGCACGUUGACGCCAGCGACGCAGGGUACAUCACCACCCCAGGGUAUCCCCUGGAGUACCCCCCACACCAGAACUGUCGCUGGGUCAUCACCGCUCCAGAACCCUCCCAGCGCAUCGUCCUGAACUUCAACCCGCACUUUGAACUGGAGAAGCUAGACUGCAGGUAUGACUUCAUCGAGAUCCGUGAUGGGAGCAGUGACAGCGGAGACCUGUUGGGAAAACACUGCAGCAACAUUGCCCCCCCGGCCAUCAUUUCGUCCGGCCCUGUGCUGCACAUCAAGUUUGUCUCCGACUACGCCCACCAGGGGGCCGGCUUCUCGCUUAGAUACGAGAUCUUCAAGACAGGGUCGGAUUGUUCGCGGAACUUCACCAGUCAGAAUGGAAUCAUCGAGUCUCCAGGCUUCCCUGAUAAAUACCCCCAUAAUCUGGAGUGUUCCUUCAUCAUCAUCGUGCCCCCGGCCAUGGACGUGACCCUCACUUUCAUUACCUUUGACCUUGAGAACGACCCCCUGCCCGGGGGAGAGGGGGACUGCAAGUAUGACUGGCUGGAGGUCUGGGAUGGUCUGCCUCAGGUGGGACCGCUCAUAGGUCGUUACUGUGGCAGUAAGAUUCCUCCUGAGAUCACAUCGUCUACAGGCAUCCUGUCGCUGUCCUUCCACACAGACAUGGCUGUGGCUAAAGACGGCUUCUCAGCACGCUACAACAUGACACACAAAGAAGUCACCGAAUCCUUCCACUGUAGCAACGCCUUAGGCCUGGAGUCUGGUAAGAUCUCUGAUGACCAGAUAACGGCCUCCUCCUCCUUCUAUGACAACACCUGGUUGCCACGGCAGGCCCGCCUUAACAACGAAAACAAUGCAUGGACGCCCAGCGAGGACAGCAGCAAGGAGUUCAUCCAGGUGGACCUCCAUGUUCUGAAGGUGUUGACUGGGAUCGCCACGCAGGGAGCCGUUUCCAAGGAGACCCAGAAGUCCUACUAUGUCACAACGUUCAAACUGGAGGUCAGCACCAACGGAGAGGACUGGAUGGUCUAUCGCCAUGGCAAGAACCAUAAGGUCUUCCAUGCCAACACAGAUUCUACUGAGGUGGUUCUGAACCGGAUCCCUCAACCCGUCUUGGCCCGCUUCGUACGCAUCAGACCCCAAACCUGGAAGACAGGCAUCGCCCUGCGCUUUGAGCUGUACGGCUGCCAAAUCACCGACGCUCCAUGCUCCGAGAUGCAAGGGAUGCUGUCAGGCUUGCUGCCUGACUCGCAGAUCACGGCCUCCUCCAUGAGGGACCUCCAUGGCUCCAUGGGAGCAGCCAGGCUGGUGGCCAGCCGAUCCGGAUGGUUCCCCAGCCCAACGCAGCCUCUGGCUGGGGAGGAAUGGCUACAGGUGGACCUGGGGGUCGCUAAGACGGUUCGGGGGCUGAUCACCCAGGGGGCAAGGAGCUUGGAGGGGAGCACCUCGGCUGAGAACCGGGCCUUCGUUAGGAAGUAUCGUGUGUCUCACAGCAUGACCGGCAAGGACUGGACCUUUAUACUGGACAGCAAGACUAACCUCCCCAAGAUCUUUGAGGGAAACACUCACUAUGACACUCCAGAGAUCCGUCGGUUCGAGGAGAUACCAGCUCAGUUCCUCAGGAUCUACCCAGAGAGAUGGUCUCCUGCUGGGAUCGGGAUGAGACUUGAGGUCCUAGGGUGUGAACUACCAGAAACGACCACCCUACCUGACACAGCCACACCAACUCUGCCAGUAGAGGUCACCACUGCUGUCCAGAGAGGAGCUGGACCUGGUACUACUGAGUGGUCUCUGGGAGGUCUCUGUGAUUUUGAGUCUAGUCUGUGUGGCUGGACUCCGGACAGUCUGUCUGAGCUGAGGUGGUCUUUCCAUGGUGGUAGCAGUUCCCCAGGUCUGUCCCCUCACCCGGACCACCCCCUACCUCUGCCCAAACAUGACGUCGGUAACUUCCUCCACAUUGAGGCCAGUCCUCGGACGGAGAGGCAGAGAGCCCGUCUACUGAGCCCCAUGGUCGGACCGGAGCGAGGCCCACUCUGCUUGCUCUUCAACUACCAGCUGCAGGGGCCAGAGGGCCAGGGUCAGGGGUCACUCAGGGUCCUGUUGAGAGACAACGACCACGAGGAGACUCUUCUCUGGGCCCUCAAAGGAGACCAGGGGCCUGUGUGGAAAGAGGGUCGCACCAUCCUGCCUCAGUCACCCAAAGAAUAUCAGGUGGUGAUUGAAGGAUUCUUUGAGCACGGAAACAGAGGCCAUAUCUGGAUCGACAACAUCCACAUGAGCUCCAGCACUGAUUUAGAACAGUGCACACAACCCUUCCCUGCAUUCCCCCCUGACAUAACUGAUCGUAGACCCGUUGACUUCGGGAAUGAACCACUCUUCAACAACAGAAAGAAUAAAAAUGAAGGUUUCCCAUUUCGAGAAUGGAGCACCCCAGGCCCAUCCAUGGACCCCCCCGUGACACGCAUCUCGGAGAAAGACAACCUGUGGCUGUACACCCUGGACCCCAUCCUAGUCACCAUCAUCGUCAUGUCCUCGUUGGGGGUCCUGUUGGGGGCAGUGUGCGCUGGCCUGCUGCUCUACUGCACCUGCUCCUACAGCGGCCUUUCGUCACGGAGCUCCACCACACUGGAGAACUACAAUUUUGAGCUGUACGACGGGAUAAAGCACAAGGUCAAGAUAAACCAGCAGCGCUGCUGCUCCGAGGCCUGAGGCGUUUACUGCCCCCAGGAGGUCUGGUGCUUCAGACCCCAAAGCACGGGGACACCACUGCCUUGUGCUUCAAGCUGGAUAACACAGACUGUGAUGCCUGCUAGACCCUUUCCCCCUAUGGCUUUUCUUCUCUGCCUGCAGGAGAGGCCCUGACCAACACCCACCUGCCCUGAAGCCCACAUAGUGGCCACUGGACCAUGGUGGUCUGGGCUUGGACCUUAAAACCCACUGUCAGUCUUGGCUUAGACCCAAACUCUUCUGGACCGGACCUCUUCUUCAGAGUUUCUUUGCUAUCAGUGGACCGUUUGGUGGGUGCAGAACGAUAUCGAAACAUAUCAAUCUAAUGCCUAUCCCAAAAAAACAACGAAAAGAAAACAAAUAUAGAUUUGUAAAGAAAGAAGACGUUUUGUUUUUUGGUAACGAGUGGAAUUAUUGCAAGCCAGAAGUUUGUAGAACGUUGAUACUAGCUUGUCAGACAGCACCUGCCGCCAAUAUGUGAAAACAGUGGCGUAAAGUAUCGUGGACCGUUUUAGUUCUGUUUUAGGAUCUGUGUCUUUAUUAUAAUUGUUGUUAUUAUUAUUAGCUUUGGUUUUAUCGCCUGGUAGACAUCUUUUCUUCGUGACAUUUUUAGACUGGACUUUGUCAGUAGUCUUACGUACCUAACACCUUUUGCUUCAGUUUACUUCGUCGGUCACAGCAUUUGAUGUUUUCGUUAUUUACAGACCAUCACCCAGUCUUUAAAUGAGAAUGACAAAGUUAGGGAGAAAGGAAGAACUCAACUUAAUCUAACGUAACAUGAGACACUGGUUGUUGAGUUGCGUGGUGGGUUUAGAGGUAUUGGAAUCGUCUUUUGGUGUUUUGCUUUGGGACUAUAUGAUGCUCUAUAUUACAUGGUGUUACGCUGUGAAAAACAUCAGGACUGUUUUAUUGCAACCUAUGGAUUGCAGAGAGAGAAGAGGGAGAGGAGGGAGAGCUAUUAGCUCAAUGGGAUCCGGGAUGUCGCAUGAGAAAUAACUCUGAGAGAAUCUCCUCUUUCCACUCCUUUAACUUGAUCCCCGAAGAAGAAGCUCAAUCGAAGACAAAGAAAGGAGGAUUUGAGCUGCAUUAAAAAAGCCACUUUCUUGGACACACAAUCGAGCCUUAAGCUAACUGUAAUUGGAGGAGAGCCAUGCAUUGAGAAACUAGCACCAGAUCUGUCCAUCCUGGAGGAAACAGACUGAAAAUAACCACUUGGAUCUUACCAAGCCUUAUGCUAGUUGAUACAUUCAGAUUAUAUUUUGUUCACUCCUUUUUUCUGUUCUGUAGUUUCUUUUUGUUCCAUGAAAAUGAAGGUUGUUAACUUUAUCCUGAGACUGGUUUUUGUGUUUUAAAAUGUAUCUCAGUUGAGUUGUAAAGUCAAUCUGUUUUAAAAUCGGUUUGGCCUCAGGCAAACACAGCCAGUUAAAGAGAGAGACUGCAUUCCUUCUCCACUGCCAAUAUACCCCUCUGUGUCUGAAGCCCUGCCCAGGAAGAGAUCACCUCAGUGGGUUUUGGGGUGGGAUGAAAGGGGGGGGGGCAGGUGGAGGGAGGACGGAGGGGGAGGACGGAGGGGGAGGACGGAGGGGGAGGGAAGAAGGAGGGGGUGGCAAAUUAGAAGUUGUUGAAAUGAGCUAGCGAUUAGUUAGCAAUUAACUCAGCUGCUAGGGUAUUUGGUAGCAUUGUAUGGUGUGAAGUGUGAAGAGAUGGUGGGGCAGAGGAUGGAGAGUUGGACUGAUGGAGGCUUUGAGGGCGGAGGAUGGAGGGGUAAUGUGUUGAGAGAUGAACAGAUAGAGGUGUGGAGGGAUGGAGGUGUGGAGGGAUGGAGGUGUGGAGGGAUGGAGGUGUGGAGGGAUGGAGGUGGCUCAUCCUGCUCCUUUCUCAUUGAACUCUGUUGACUCUUUUCCAAGUGCCUUGGAGCUCUCUGUCCGAGCCAGACGCAUCAGAGCUCUCUGUCCGAGCCAGACGCAUCAGAGCUCUCUGUCCGAGCCAGACGCAUCAGAGCUCUCUGUCCGAGCCAGACGCAUCAGAGCUCUCUGUCCGAGCCAGACGCAUCAGAGCUCUCUGUCCGAGCCAGACGCAUCAGAGCUCUCUGUCCGAGCCAGACGCAUCAGAGCUCUCUGUCCGAGCCAGACACAUCCUUCUCUGGGGCUGAGAAUAAAUCAGAGUCCCAAAUGACACCCUAUUUCCUAUGUAGUGGACUACUGUAGAACGGGGGGCUAUCUGGAACCGGGCUGUGGUGUCAUGAUCUUGUGUGUUUUUGGGGGGGUGUGAGGGGAGGGGGGGUGCAGAGAACCCUCUCUCAAACCAACUACCAGAGACCCAGGCACUGGAAUGAAAACUCUACUGUUGUUUGUAGACUUUGUACAGAAAUUUUCUUUUUUUAUUAUUAUUAUUAUUAUUUAAUAAAGGAUGAAUA